AUGUGUGCUGUCUGUGCAGCUGUCUGUGGUUGUUUGUGGCUGUCUGUGGGUGUCUGUGUGCUGUCUGUGGGUGUCUGUGGGUGUCUGCGGGUGUCUGUGGGUGUCUUCAUGUUUUACUAUUACCCCUUAAAUUUUCAUUUAUUCAGAUUGGACGUAAAAGUGAUCACUUAUAAGAGCCUGAUCUAUUUAAGAAAAAGUUUGUCUGAAUUAUAUAUGUUAAUAUAAUCUAGUUAUACUUGUCUUAUAGCUAGCUCAUUUUCUUCUAAAUUAACAAAUUACACUUAAUGUACAUAUUCUGUAUAUAAUAUUUUGUAAUUUGUAUACUUAGAAUCUAUUUCUUAGAAAAGGAUUACUUUUUGUUUUUGAGAUAUAUGCCUGUGAAUAUGUUGUCUGUUUUGCGACUAUUUCGUAUUCCAGCGUUACAUAACAUUUCAUGUUAUAAUAAGUUUUAUAUAAAUGUGUAGAGGAGGUUAAUUUUCUUUUCUACUUGGCUUGAUUAUUUCUUGAAAGAGAAUUAAUCGCUAUGUAUCAAAAGAUUAUUGUUUUAUAGUUUAUUCUACUCUGAUACUAUAUAGACUUUUCUAUAAGAGGCGUUUUUCUGUUUAAAGAAUAAAAUAAGAAAAGAACAAAUGUAAUACUUUCAUAAAAUGUUCGUCUUUAAUAUAUUCAACGAAGAGGUGCUCACUGUACAGUUAUAUCGUAUUGUACCAACUUCGUGAACUAAAAUCACAUUAAUUAGAGAAGAGCCAUUUGCAUUUUUUAUACUAGUUUAAAGUAUACGAGUUGUACACGAUACUGAUCUAUUUCUUAGAAAAGGAUCCCUUUUUGUAUUUGAGAUAUAUGGCUGCGAAUAUCGAUGAUUAUCGUUUGAAAAGGGAAGCUUUGCAAUGACUUUCUAAUUAUAAUUUGCCUCCAAAUUUUGAAUAAGCAGCCUUCAUGUAUACCGUUACCGGCUUUACCGUUACCGGCUUUACCGUUACCGGCUUUACCGUUACCGGCUUUACCGUUACCGGCUUUACCGUUACCGGCUUUACCGUUACCGGCUUUACCGUUACCGGCUUUACCGUUACCGGCUUUACCGCUACCGUUGCAUGCCUACUAA